AUGUUGUCCCCGAAAGCCGUCGCUACUCUCUUCAACUUUGUGCUCCUGGCAUCCGCCGCCCCCGGAAAGCGCCAGGCCACCGGCACCGGAUCAUGCACCGAUUUGCAUCUCUUCCUCGCCCGCGGAUGGAACGAGGGCUACCCCGGCCGUCAGCAGUCUCUUGUCGACGCUACCUGCAACGGUCUCUCCAGCUGCGACUAUGAGGAUAUCCAAUUCGACGCGACCAACCCCAGGGGCUACCCCAAUGCCGUCGAGCAGGGCCGUGCAUCCGGUGUUUCUCAGAUCAAGGCCUACGCCGAGAAGUGCCCCAACUCCAAGCUCGUCUUGACCGGCUACAGCGAGGGUGCCAACAUUGUCGGCGAUAUCCUGGCGGACUCUGGUCUCGUUGCUACUUCUACUCCCGGCAGCAAGGUCUGCGCCGCCCUUCUCUUCGGCGACCCUACCCACAUCGGCGGCCAAAGCUACAACGUCGAGGCCGGCUCCAACUUCAGCGGCUCGAUGGCCCGCUCCAGCUCGUCCCUCCAGAACCUGAACAACUUCUCCGGCGUCCUGCGCUCCUGGUGCAACGGCGAGGACACCGUCUGCGCUGCCACCAGCGGCGGCGCGAUGGGCGAGGACGCACACACCAACUACUUCGAGCUCUACACCAACGACGGCGCCGCCUUCAUCAAGGAGAAGUGCGUGCCCUCCGGCACCACCCCGACCGCGACCGCUACCUCCAGCAUCCCCGCUCCCACCUCGACCGGCACGUUCUGCACUUCCGGCAAGGUCAAGUCUGGCCUGUCCGACAACUACAGCGGCCUCUGCGGCUUUGCCUGCUCCAACGGAUACUGUCCCGAGGGCGUCUGCCAGUGUGACCAGUUUGGUGAGCAGAGCACCAGCCCUGGCGGAGACGGACGUGAUGGAUGCCCUGCUGCCGGAUUGGAUGACAGCUACAAGGGGCUUUGCAGCUUCAGCUGUAGCCACGGUUACUGCCCUACUGGGGCUUGCACCUACUGCUAG